UCAUCUUGGUUGCUUGACCCGAAUAUCUAAAACAAUCUUUCCUGCUUUUCUCUUAGCUCUAUCUAUUCAUACUCUUCAUUCAGGUUUAGCUUCAUCCAUAAUUUAGCAACAGCUUUUGGAUAAUUUGUUUGGCAGCUAUGGACUGUUCAGCAUGGAUUAACACUUCAUUGGAUCUCAACAUUCAUUCCCACAAAGUUCAUCAACAAGUUGUUCCUAAGAAGGAGGUGGAAAGCAAGCUUUUCUCUUUGGGGAUGACUGAGUUUUCUGUUGAAGAAGAGUCAACCAAUGAGUUGGAGGAGGAGCUGAAGCGGGUGACAGCAGAAAACAAAAAAUUGGUUGAAAUGCUCUCAGUGGUGUGUGAGAACUACAACACUUUGAGAAGCCAAUUGAUGGAAUACAUGAGCAGAAAUCCUGAGAAGGAGCUCAGCCCAUCAUCAAAGAAAAGGAAGUCUGAGAGCAGCAAUAACAACAGUGAUCUGGUGGGGGUUAACAAUGGAAACUCUGAGAGCAGCUCUACUGAUGAAGAUUCUUUCAAGAAACCGAGGGAAGAAACCAUCAAAGCAAAGAUUUCAAGAGCUUAUGUCAGGACUGAAGCAACUGAUACAGGAUUUGUUGUGAAAGAUGGAUACCAAUGGAGGAAAUAUGGGCAAAAGGUGACCAGAGAUAACCCUUGUCCAAGAGCAUAUUUCAAAUGCUCUUUUGCUCCAAGCUGCCCUGUCAAAAAGAAGGUGCAAAGAAGUGUAGAUGAUCAAUCUGUCCUGGUUGCUACUUAUGAAGGGGAGCACAAUCAUCCUCAACCUUCUCAAAUGGAGGCAACAUCAGGCUCCGGCCGCAAUGUGAGCCUAGUAGGCUCCAUGCCUUCUUCAAAGUCUCUCAGCUCUCCUGCUCCAGCAGUUGUAACUCUCGACUUGACAAAAUCUCGGUGCAGCAAUGAUUCCAAGAAUGCAGAACCCAGAAAAGAUUCAGCUAAGUUACCACAGGUUUUGGUGGAACAGAUGGCUACUUCUUUGACCACAGAUCCUAAUUUUAGAGCAGCACUUGUUGCAGCCAUCUCAGGAAGGCUUUUGCACCAGAAUUGAAUGGAAAUUUGGUUGAGCUUAGCUAACUUAGUGUCAAACUGUUGAGUAUUCCAUAGAGUGGAUCAUUUUUUUUUAGAGCAUAGGAUCUCUAUGUAAAUACAACAUGGAAGAUUGGGACAUAAUUCUCACUUUGAUCCUGGAAGUGGAAAUAUAGAGUGGAUCAAUGCGGAUAGCAUGAUCAGUUCAGCCUGGUCGGCUCUUCAUUUUGGCCAAAAUAUCUAGGAUACCUCAAAUCAGAUAUCUACACAAGUUCUUGCAAAAUUCUCUGAAAGGAAAAAAAAAGAAAGAUUCUUCAAUGCAGUGCAGCUCUAGUGACACUACAAUUUCUUAUUGUUCAUCUUCUUCAGCGCAGCCCUACUUCUCAAUGUUCUAACUUCUAACACACAGACUUAGGCCCCAAGCUUUAUCUUUUUCAUUUUAGAAAUUGUAUUAUGCAUUAAUCAAGUAUUAUUGAUGAUGAAGUUUACCUCAUCAAAACAUAGAAGGAAAAUAAAAAGCGAUGUGCGUAAUGAGUUUUCGAUUCAAA